GAGCGAGAGAGAGAGAGAGAACACACUCCGGACUCCGUGUAUUUGUUUAGGGCUCCAGUGGCACGCGUCCGGCGCACGCUGCGCACCGGCACCGGCGCAUGUGUGGAAGCCCGAGGUGGAUCCACGCGACCGCGGGGCGUGGCCACGGCCGCUUCCAAACGCCUGUAAAAGCCGUGGCGUCUGUGCCGCAGGAGUCAGAGCAGCUUUGAGGCGCAAACAGUGGAGCAGGAGCGCGUCACAGCCGCGGACACACGUGAACGGCACGAGCGGGACACGCCGCCACAGAGACCUGCUGACUCCACUGUGUACUCUGGAGUUUUCUUUUUUUUUUCAAACUCUUCAAGCUGGUGUCGGAUCACAGAGCCGGGAUGGAAAUUAACGCCACUCAGCUGCAGCCGCAGAUGAUGCCAGCCGCCUGUUUCUUCUCCGCGCAGAGCAUCCAGCAGCAGAGCCCGUGCGUCGGCGGCAAGUCCGCCUCCAAGCAGCCGAAGCGACAGCAUCAGCAGCAGGAGCAGCAUCAGCAUCAACCCCACCCCCAUCAGCACCAGCAGCAGCAGCAACAGCAGCAGCGCUCCUCCUCACCGGAGCUGCUGCGCUGCAAACGCAGACUCAACUUCGCCACCUUCGGCUACAGUUUACCGCAGCAGCAGCCGCACGCAGUGGCGCGCAGGAACGAGCGUGAGCGUAACCGCGUCAAGCUGGUCAACAACGGCUUCGCCACGCUGCGCGAGCACGUCCCCAACGGCGCGGCCAACAAGAAGAUGAGCAAAGUGGAGACGCUGCGCUCGGCCGUGGAGUACAUCCGUGCGCUGCAGCAGCUGCUGGACGAGCACGACGCCGUCAGCGCCGCCUUCCAGUCCGGCGUUCUGUCGCCCGACAUGCCGCAGGGAUACUCGGCCGACAUGAACUCCAUGGCCGGGUCUCCGGUGUCGUCCUACUCCUCUGACGAGGGGUCGUACGACCCGCUGAGCCCGGAGGAGCAGGAGCUGCUGGACUUCGCCAACUGGUUCUGAACAUCCUGUUUAUGAAAAACCUGGAUCAACUCUCUCACCGCGGUCGUCCACUGUGGUCCUGACGGUCCUGAGGAUGGAGGAGGCUGCUCCUCCGGCUGUGCACGCGG